AUGCAGAAGCUGUACGCCAAGUUCCCGGCUCAGCCGAAGCCAGCGCCAGUGCCAGCAGCAUCAGCAAAGCCGGAAUCGGAUGCGAAGCCCGCGGAAGCGAAGAGCAUCCCAGCUGUGGCCCUGACGCCAUUUAGGCCAUACUACGAUGCACACCUGCGGACGGUGAAGCCCGAUUCUAUGCAGAAGCUGUACGACAAGUUCCCGGCCCAGCCAAAGCCCGCGCCGGCACCAACAACAACAGCAAAGCCAGAGUCGGAUGCCAAGCCUGUAGAAGCGAAGAGCGUCCCAGCUGUGGCCCUGACGCCAUUCAGGCCAUACUACGAUGCACACCUGCGGACGGUGAAGCCCGAUUCUAUGCAGAAGCUGUACAACAAGUUCCCGGCCCAGCCGAAGCCGGUGCCAGCGCCAACAGCGCUAGCAAAGCCGGAAUCGGAUGCGAAGCCCGCGGAAGCGAAGAGCGUCCCAGCCGCAGCCCCGGUUGCAACGCACGACAAUAAAAGGUUCUCCAUGCUGCCGUCCGUGGGCACUUGGCUCGCCUCGAAGCCCAAGAAGAUGCAGGCCUCCAUCCCCACCGCGCCAGCCACAGCGGCCCCAGCGGCCCCGGCAAGUCCAGUAGCCACAGUGGCUCCUGAGAAGUUCGCACAUAGGCCCUCUGUGGGCACUUGGAUCGCGCCGAACCCAUCGAAGCUGCAGGCCACUUUGAAGGCUCCAGCAGCUCCAGCAGUGCCAACUGCGACAGCAAAGCCGGAGGCGGAUGCCAAGCCGGCAGAGGCGAAGAGCGUCCCAGCUGUGGCCCUUACGCCAUUUAGGCCAUACUACGAGGCACACCUGCGGACGGUGAAGCCCGAUUCGAUGCAGAAGCUGUACGACAAGUUCCCGGCCCAGCCAAAGCCCGCGCCGGCGCCAACAGCCUCAGCAAAGCCGGAGUCGGAUGCCAAGCCUGUAGAAGCGAAGAGCGUCCCAGCAGCUGCUCGAGUUCAGUUCUCCAUGCUGCCGUCGGUGGGUACAUGGCUCGCAUCCAAGCCCAUCAGGAUCCAGGCUUCGACAGAGAUGCCUGCAGCGGUGGCCCCGGUGGCUCCCCAACAGUCGGAAGCUCCAGCGGUCAGCAGCACGAAGGAAGCAGUGCCGGCCACGAAGGAACGCAAGCCGUUCAAGCAGCUUCCCUCCGUGGGGACGUGGCUGGCCUUCAAGCCCUAUGAGCAGCCACCUAUCCGCGUCCUGGAGCGAAGUCACAGCAAGCUCCUGUGCCUGAACAAGGAGGAGCUCAUCACGGGAUUCGAGAACGAGAUCCGGAAACGAGAUGAGGAGAUUGCGAGAUUGAAGUCCUUGGCAGCAUAA